CGGGACUAGUUCUGAAACGUAACAUCAACACUUCUCUCAUGUUCAUUUUCUCAUACAUUCUGGUGAAUAAACACUCCGAUCAAACCAUCGCAAGCCGCCGAGACCUGUGAAAAGCUCGCAAAAUAACCAGAAUACGGACCGAUGCCCAUCCUCACCUGCGACCAGUGUCGGGCCAGGAAAGUCAGAUGCAUGCCUCCCAAUGAAGCAGGGGGACCAUCCAGUGAUAGAACCCGGCUCCGGCAAGGGUCAAAAUGUCUUAACUGUGACCGUCGAAAAGAAGACUGCACUUAUGACUACACGCCCAAAAAGACAGGGCGACCCCGAGCGGGCACAUCUUCACGUAGGGCGCCCUCAACUUCGUCCAAUGUUUCCCGCUCGCGCCGAAGCAUCUCGCCGUCUGCGUCGGGUUUGCGCCAGAACUCGGUUCAAGCCCGGUCAUUCAACCCACGACAAAUACCUUCCCCUCGUGCCCGCAUCUCCCCGUCGCUUGCGUCGCACCCGGACCACUUCCGAAAAUCACCUCCAACGGCAUCGCAGACCGCAGCCCUCCGAGUUCGCCAUUCUACGCCCAAUAUCCAUCAUUCUGGCCCCCCCGAAGAUUUUAAUUUCCUCGUCGACGAUCGUAGUUUCAUAAACCCCCCAGUAGUGGAAUCUCUGUACGACUCUUUUCGGCACCUCUUAGGUACACCUUUGCCCUUAUCAUUCGACUUUACAGUACCAAGUGAGGCCGAAGCUCAAUCGUCUGGCCAAGCAACUGCCCAGGCAGGAUCUAAACACCCCCAUGCCUUCCCUGAAACGCGCGAUGUGACAGAGAAUGACCCCUUAAAAGACCCGGAUCCUCCAAUAAGCCAGCCUCCCGGUCUGCCUUUCGGCUCACAAGGGCUGUCAGUAAGUCCAACCAGCCAGACGGUAGGUCAGUCCUUGGAAGGGGAUGGAGUGUCAAUCUUGGGACCGUCGCCGUCGCAAGUCCCGUGGAGCGGAAUAGGGCAAUCCCCUUUCACCAAUGACAGUCAUCUACCCAAUGGCUUGCAGAGUCUCGACUUUGCUGGCUCUUGCUCCUCCGGCAUACCCUCUGUCGACCUGCAGGGAAUGUUAUCUGGUGAUGGUAGGACAGAGUGGCUUGGUAAUUCUCGUGUUAUUCCCACCAUCGAGUCUGUUGCAUCUUGGGACGAGGUUGGGUUCUUUCUGUCACUCUACCUCAAAUACCAGCAUCCGCUCCUACCUCUUGUACACAGGCCUACGUUUGCCCAGGACGUGUUGCACCGCAGAGAUAGAAUCGAUGAAGCAUUUCGUGGUCUCCUCCUCAGUAUCGUCGCUUACACUAUCUGCCAUACCAAUGCCAGCAUGCUUGAACAAAGGAUGGAUAGGGCUAGACAGGAGACGCUGUUUCGACGAUGCCAACGCGGCAGUCGCAUGAUCCAGAUCCGACACCAAAUGAAACCCAGUCUUGUCAUUCUUGCUUCGACAAUAUUAGACUGGAUCACAAGCCAGUCGGCGAGCGCUGAAAACCUUCCCGAAAACCUCAUCAGUGAUGUCAGGCGAUUAGUCUACUCGUUAAAGCUUAACCAGGCUUCUCCACGCGGAAUGAAAGACCUACUCGAGGUAGAAAUGUGCCGAAAGUUGUAUUGGGUGGCAUAUGAUAUUGAUAAAACAAACGCGAUGUAUCUCAACCCUGUGGCGAUUCAAGACUCUGAUGGCGUACCCCCUUUGCCCCUUGAAGUCGAUGACGAUUUUAUCACACGCGAUGAUAUGCUGCUUGUCCAACCAGGACAGCAACACUCUUACAUGGUCGGUUUCAAUUGCGUCAAUCGACUGUUCCAGAUCUUAUCUCAGUGUAUGCUGCGACAACGACUGUUGAAUUCAACUCCUUCUUUCGGGUUUAACGUUUGGGCGCACGGCGAGUGGGUUCAAGGGGCCAUGAAUGAGCUCCGUCAGAUCCUCGCGGACCUUCCCCCUCAGCUUCGUCCCGAACCGGGAUCUGGAGGGGAUUCUUCGACUUCAUUCAAUGAAACGCAAGCGGCCAACAUUUGCAUCACGGCUCUAUGUGUCGAAAUGGCAUUGCUCGAUCUCAAAGUGCGCUUCUCCCCAGACGUGGACAUACGUCAAGAUCGACAGUCAAUAGCACAGCGGGUCUUCCAGCAGCUGCAAAGUAUACCCAUCGAAUGUCUCGCGCGUAAUGGCGAGAGCAUGCGUGGCAAGGUGGCACAUGUCGUGCUUAGCUUGCUGGACGCGUCACAGGACACAUCUGUAACGCAAGAGGAUUCAAAGAUGGGCGAAAGCUUGUGGAAUUGGUGGAAUAUGUAUUCUCGCGUAUUGUGUCUGCAGGUCAUCCCUGAUCGUCCCGCAUCGGCGGUGCCAACACGGCCAGGCACUCCGGAAACGAGACGAUCCUUUUUAUAGAGAACUGUAUUAAUAAUGUUGCAUGC